UUUUGGGUAUUAAAAUCUUAGACAUUCAAAUACAGUGAUAUUACAUGUGUGUAGCAGAACAACGGCAAUUGACUGCAGCUUUUACGCGUCGCCAAGUGCAUGACCUGGCAUGUCUGCCACAGACUGGUACGCGCAUAAAUCCGUCGGGGAAGGACUAUAUUGGAUCCAGGAGAAGUUUUUCGAAUCGUCAAACAGAGCUAAUAUUUGGCUCCUCCGAGGAUCUCACCAAGACGUAGUGAUAGACACAGGCUUGGGUUUGAGGAGCUUACCUGACUACAUUAACUCCAAAGGUCUGCUUGGAGACGACCCGCAGCGAAAGAACCCCCUUUUGGCUAUCGCCACCCACGCCCACUUCGACCACUCAGGUGGUCUGCAUCAGUUCCAACAGGUCGGGGUCCACAGUGCAGAGGUCGAUGCGCUGGCUAACGGAGACAACUUCGAGACGGUCACCUGGCUGUCCGAUAGAGAGAUAGUCCAGGCUCCCUGGCCGGGAUGGAGGGCCAGGCAAUACAGAGUCAAAGCUGUACAACCAACACAUAUACUACAAGAAGGUGAUGUCAUCAACCUGGGUGACAGGCAGCUGACGGUGCUGCACAUGCCCGGCCACUCCCGGGGCAGCAUCUGCUUGCACGAUGGCGACAACAAGAUGCUGUUCAGCGGGGACGUGGUCUACGACGGAGCCAUGAUCGACUGGCUGCCCACUAGCCAGGUCAGCGACUACAUCAGCAGCUGUGAGCGCCUGGUGGGGCUGGUGGACAGCGAGCAGGUGGACCAGGUAAUGCCGGGACACUAUCACACAUUUGGCGCGAAGCAGCUCCACCGCAUCGCCUCGGGGUACAUCGAAAAAGCUGGCACCUGCCCGGCACGCUUCUCCACGUUCGCCUGGAGGACCUUGGCCGGAUUGGCGUUACGGGCCUCCAACACACGGGGCAUCUGCUAGCCAAGAGACAGGCUAGCAUUCAGAGUCGCACAGGUAGACUGGGGAUAUGCGGGAGAUAAUUUACCCCCUCAAUGAUCAGGAAUUCUUUGUACUGUCAAUCAGAAACUGCUGUGAUCCAAUGUAUGUUAUUUUACAUCAUUAAUUAAAAUGCCCCCACGCUUUACAUCUGACAAUGAUUGACAGAAAAUCAAAAUUCCCAUCAUUAUGGGAUGCAUUCAAGACUGGAAAAUGAAUAUAUACACUGCUCAAAAAAAUAAAGGGAACACUAAAAUAACACAUCCUAGAUCUGAAUGAAUGAAAUAUUCUUAUUAAAUACUUUUUUCUUUACAUAGUUGAAUGUGCUGACAACAAAAUCACACAAAAAUUAUCAAUGGAAAUCAAAUGUAUCAACCCAUGGAUGUCUGGAUUUGGAGUCACACUCAAAAUUAAAGUGGAAAACCACACUACAGGCUGAUCCAACUUUGAUGUAAUGUCCUUAAAACAAGUCAAAAUGAGGCUCAGUAGUGUGUGUGACCUCCACGUGCCUGUAUGACCUCCCUAAAAUGCCUGGGCAUGCUCCUGAUGAGGUGGCAGAUGGGAUCUCUUCCCAGACCUGGACUAAAGCAUCCGCCAACUCCUGGACAGUCUGUGGUGCAACGUGGCGUUGGUGGAUGGAGCGAGACAUGAUGUCCCAGAUGUGCUCAAUUGGAUUCAGGUCUGGGGAACGGGUGGGCCAGUCCAUAGCAUCAAUGCCUUCCUCUUGAAGGAACUGCUGACACACUCCAGCCACAUGAGGUCUAGCAUUGUCUUGCAUUAGGAGGAACCCAGAG